CCAACCUCUAUGUGUGUACAUACUGGCCAUCGUUCGAGAGGCAGAUACUAACCGUUGGAACUGAUCGAACUGGAAGGUCUGGGACGUUCCGAACGUGAUCCGAAUUGAUGAUUUGCAGGUGACCGCGAGCCGGGGCACGUGUUGACAUUCAACACGACAACAGACAACAACAGGUUGAUCCCCUCGCCGUCUUACCCUGCCUUCCUGCUGCCAUGGAUCUUCCAGGCCGCUACGGUACCAUUGCUCUUCUACGCCCCGGGGACUCUACAACGGUGCAGUCCUUCGGCGUCGACACGGACAGCGUCACCUUUGGUCGCGAUCCUACUUGCUCUAUCCGUCUGUACUACACUGCAGUCGCCCCGUUACACGCCCGCGUAGCGUUCAAUGACGACAAGAAAGCCUACAUCGAGGUUUUUGGUGCAACGGGGGUUGUUGUCGAUGGGUGUCAGGUUCUGCCAAACGACGAAGACUCUGUCAAGCCCUCCUCAGAGCCAUUGCUCAAUGGCAGCGAAUUUGUUAUCAAUAACAAGAAGUUCCGGUUUAGUUACCCGCCAAAAGAGAGUCGUGCUGCUUUAUGGCAAUCUCCUGCGCCCAAUCGCAAAUUACGACUAUCUAUGAUCGCCUCGGCUCAGGUCUUCUCUCCUCGCCCGUCCAAUGAUCCUCGCGAAAACCUCCGUAUCCUGCAGUCCCCGCUCAGAGCUCCGUUUACGCUCCCUGCACGUGGGCGAAGCACCAGCCGAAGCCCGUCUCCAACAAAGGGCAGGCGCUCACCAAGUAAAUCGCCCACCAAAUCCGGGCCCUCUUUUAAUCCAUUCGCACCGGCUCAGUCUCGUGAUAGCGAACAGGAUGCAGACCAAGAUAUGGAUACCAUCGACGAAGCGGACGAGUAUGACGACAUGGAAAUGGAUCAUCCCACACUAACACUAGUGCAUGGGUCGUGUCCCAAAGUGGUUGAAGAGGCGAGAGAUCUUGUCAUUCUCGAGGAUGUUGGCCCAUAUCUGUCUCCGACCGGUGACACGAAUUCGGGAUCUUCAUCGUCUGGUUCAGCUUCAUCAUCUUCGUCCACUUCCCAACCUAGGACGCCCAAACGGCCCACCGCGACUCUGCAUCGUGCUGUUCUCAUUCGCAGUGCGCACCGUGCUGUCUGGAACGCUGGUACUUCGAAUCUAGGAUCGAACGGCUCUAGCGCAGUUGGACCUCCAACUAGUCCUACUAAGAGCAAGAGCCCGACUAAAUCCAACGCCGGCACUAAUACAGGCCUCGCGCAAACAAGCCCUAUCAAGGCUAAUCCUGCCCCGCUUCCCAGACCGGUCUUCGGAGCACCUAUCUCACCCGAGAAGCCAACAGCGAACGACUCGGGACGCUUGUAUCCCACUCUGCCUCCGCCGACAAGCCCGACCAAGGUCCUGCCGCAGCCGGCCGCUACGCCCCGUCGCACACCUGUGUCACCGACGAAACAGUACACUCCGCGCGUGCCUGUUGGUGUUGCCGGUCCCUCGGCUGUGGCAAGCAGCAGUGGUGUCGAUCCAGAUCCAGACUCCGAUUCAGAAGACACCUCGGAGGAGGAGGUCAGAGACCUCGGGCUCAGUGUUAUCAGCGUCUCUAGCGGUAGCAGUAGCAGCGAGGGCGAGGAUGAUGUAAUGGAAGAUUAUCAGGAGGAGGUCCAUGACGAGCCUAGGGUCCCUGCCAAGAAACUGGGCUGGCGGAAGAGUUUCGAGAAGCUGGUUGGCGGGUUCUUUGGUGUCAAAGAGGAGGAGCAAGAAGAGGUGCUGCCCGAACCGGCUGAACCGACUGAAUCGACUGGACAUGAUAGGGAUGAGCAAGCAGGUGAAGAACGGAGCAAACAAGAAGAUCAUGACGAACAGGAAAUCGAGCAACCUGUGCUACCGAUGACCACUUUGACCCCCAAACGCAAGACAGUGCUCCAGAACACAACAACGCCGGCAAGACUUCCGGUUGCGUCACUGGAGGGAGAGGUUCCCCAUCCGGCCGCCAAAACACCGGCGGGUUUUGGUCGCAAAUCGAUGGGCGCGACGGCAAUGGAUGUUGACUCAGAAGGUUUCCAGCCCGUAUACCCUGACUUGGCUGCCCUCACGACUGAAACCUCAGUCAAGACCUCCGUAGCACCACCCCCGGCAGUAGCAGCUCGCACCCUUCCACCUUUUAUGACACCUCAGCCAUCCCGUGUCGCGUCCAGCAACCCCCGAUUCUCGCUUGGAGGUGUUGCGCAGCGAAUCCCGGUGUCUCAGUCUCCGUGGAAAGUCAAGGACCUUGUACUCGACUCCCCUUCAAAGCCCGACGCAGAACGAAAGACUACCACUUCCAGUGUUUCUGAUGCCGAGCGCAAGGCCAUUUCGGAGCGCCGCCGCAGCGCGUUGACUGCUCCUGAUCCUUUCUGGGGCGUCGGAGGUGUGCCGGGUAUGUCGCGUAUGUCGUCUCCGCGCAAAGGAUCCACAUCGCCCCGGAAAGUAUCGCCUUCUGGCUUGCCGAUGUUGGACGAGCACGAUGCUGACAACGAGUUGGCCGGAGAUCGACGAGAUUCGAGACAGAUCUUGCGUGAAUUGAAGGAGAAAGUGGAAGUGAUGAAGCACCGACGCGAUAGUGUGAUUGCAGGCACGCCUAUCAAGGUCAGAGAACGGGUCGCAGCCGAGUUGACAAGGGCGAAGCAAGAAGAAGGACAGAUUCAGAUGGAGGUUGAUGAUGUGUGUCGCGAUGAUUCUGCUUGCGAGACUACGCUGACUUGCAAACAGGCUGAUGGAGAGCAGCAAGCUGUUGAAGCACAAAACCCGCUUGCUCUUCCAAAGCUUGUCCUGGACGAGAAUCCGUCUCCCAUGAACGAAGAUGAGAAUCCCAUUCUUCCCGCUGCGCAGCAAUCGCCAUUCGAUCUCACCAGCAAUCCGAUUGCGGACCUGCAUGCAGAUGAAACGCGAGAAGAGAAUUCUGAUCAGCUGGUCGCCCCAGAACCACACGAUGCUCGCAGUCGUACACCCAUUGCCGAAGAAACCCCAGCCCCAGCCCGAACGACUCGGCGCACUCGCCAACCGACGGCAGAGCCCGUGGCCGAGGUUGUCCGCGAAACAGUGGCAGAAAAACGUCCAACCCGGAGUCGAGCGGUGACUGCCGAGGCUGCUGAGCCAGAGACAGAAGUGGUUCCUGAGAAACCCCGUCGAGCCCGGAGUCGUGCGCCGACAUCAGAGGCACCACCACAGGCAGUGACUCCGGCUCCCGAGAGCAAGGUCCGCCGAGCCCGAAGUCGUGCACCGACUUCAGAGUCUGCUGUUCUUGAAGAAGAGGAAUCUGCGCCCAAGACACGUCGUGGUCGAAGUCGCGCUCUAGCGGAGGAAGACGACAAACCUAUGCCUCUCCCCGAGGUCCCGGUUGCACCGGCAAAACCGAGACGAGGGCGAAGCCGAAGUGCUACUGCCGAGCCUGAAGAGAUCGAUGAUAAAGAGGUUGCGACUGUUGCUCGGAAGCCGCGAAAGCCACCUUCUGUUCAAAGCAGUGCUGCCGCUGCCGAGCCCGUCUCCGAGCCGGCACUCCCGGUGAAAAGAGCGCGGGCCGUCAAAGCCCCGGCUUCCGUUCCGUCAAAAGCCGUGCAGGACAACGACGGCGAGAUCGAGAUAGUCGCUGUCGUGAAAGGCAGGAAAGGUCGCGUUGCAGCCAAAGUGAAACACGAGGACGAAGAUGAACCAGUGAUGCCAGCGAAAAAGCCCGCGUCGACGUCGUCCAUUCCAAGGCCGAGAUCGACGAGGAAGACUGCAGCGGCGACACCCGAUACGAAAGAAAAGGAGAAAGAGAAUACCCGCUCUGGGCGGAAGACUAUCAAGGAGGAAGUCGUCGAAAGUGAAAUGCCAGUCAAGCGCGUUACGAGGGCGAGAACGAAAGCAUGA